AUGUUGAGAAACAGCAGCCGUAGUUCCUUGAAGCAGUUGGUGCGUCAUUACUCUCAUAAGCAGUUAAAGUUUGGUGUUGAAGGUAGAGCAGCCCUUUUAAAAGGUGUUAACACUUUGGCCGAUGCUGUGUCAGUUACUUUGGGUCCAAAGGGUAGAAAUGUUUUGAUCGAGCAAUCCUUUGGUGCUCCAAAGAUCACCAAGGAUGGUGUCACUGUUGCUCGUGCUAUUACUUUGGAAGAUAAGUUUGAAGAUUUGGGUGCCAAGUUGUUACAAGAAGUUGCUUCUAAAACCAACGAAUCUGCUGGUGAUGGUACUACUUCUGCCACUGUUUUAGGUAGAUCCAUCUUCACUGAAUCUGUCAAGAACGUGGCUGCAGGUUGUAACCCUAUGGAUUUGAGAAGAGGUUCUCAAGCUGCUGUUGAAGCUGUGGUUGAAUUCUUACAACAAAACAAAAAGGAUAUUACCACCUCUGAAGAAAUCGCCCAAGUGGCCACUAUUUCUGCUAACGGUGACACUCACAUUGGUAACUUGUUGGCUCUGGCCAUGGAAAAGGUUGGUAAGGAAGGUGUCAUUACCGUUAAGGAAGGUAAAACUUUGGAAGAUGAAUUGGAAGUCACCGAAGGUAUGAGAUUCGACAGAGGUUACAUUUCUCCUUAUUUUAUCACUGACACCAAAUCUGGUAAGGUUGAAUUUGAAAACCCAUUGGUUUUAUUGAGUGAAAAGAAGAUCUCUACUAUCCAAGACAUCUUACCCUCCUUGGAAAUCUCCAACCAACAAAGAAGACCAUUGUUGAUUUUGGCUGAAGAUAUUGAUGGUGAAGCUUUGGCUGCUUGUAUUUUGAACAAGUUAAGAGGUCAAGUUCAAGUUUGUGCUGUCAAGGCUCCAGGUUUUGGUGACAACAGAAAGAACACUUUAGGUGAUAUUGCCAUUUUAACUGGUGGUACUGUUUUCACUGAAGAAUUGGACUUGAAGCCAGAAAAUGCCACUGUUGAAUUGUUGGGUAAGGCUGGUUCUAUAUCCAUCACCAAGGAAGACACUGUAGUUUUGAACGGUGAGGGUGCAAAGGAAAACAUUCAAUCCAGAUGUGAACAAAUCAGAACUGUUAUUGACGAUGCCGCCACUUCUGAUUAUGAAAAGGAAAAGUUACAAGAAAGAUUGGCCAAGUUAUCUGGUGGUGUUGCUGUUGUCAAGGUUGGUGGUGCUUCUGAAGUUGAAGUUGGUGAAAAGAAGGAUCGUUAUGAAGAUGCCUUAAACGCUACCAGAGCUGCUGUUCAAGAAGGUAUUUUACCUGGUGGAGGUACUGCUUUGAUUAAAGCCAGUAGAACUUUGGAUAACAUCAAGACUGCCAACUUUGACCAAAAGUUGGGUGUUGAUAUCAUCAAAUCUGCCAUUUCCAAACCAGCCAGAAGAAUUAUUGAAAACGCCGGUGAAGAAGGUGCUGUUAUUGUGGGCAAGAUCUAUGAUGAACCUUCUUUCAACAUUGGUUACGACUCCUCUAAAGGUGAAUUCACAGACAUGAUUGCUGCUGGUAUCAUUGAUCCUUUUAAGGUUGUCAAGAAUGGGUUAGUCGAUGCCUCCUCUGUGGCUUCAUUGUUGGCUACUACUGAAUGUGCCAUUGUGGAUUCUCCUGAACCUAAGGGUCCUGCUGGUGGCGCUCCUCCUCCAGGUAUGGGUGGUAUGGGUGGUAUGCCUGGUAUGGGUUUCUAA